CUCCAACGCUAUAGAUUUAUCGAUAUUUUUUACUUUCCUUAUCAAAACAAACCUCACAAUCUCUUUCUUGUUUGGAAUUACAAAAAUGAGUGCUACACAAGUUGGAAUUAAGUCUCUUAGAGUUGUCAACUCAAAUUUCUUAAGAAGUUCAGUCACCAAAAGAUGCUUUAGUUUAUUGCCCAAAUAUGCUAAAAGCUCAUUAUUUAUAACUCCAUUAAAUAAUAACACACACAUUUCCGGCAAGUUAUUCAACAGUGUUAUCAAUAACAGAUGUUCAGUAAACAACAGAUUCAACAAUCAAGUCAGAAACUACUCUGGUGGUGUGGAACUAACAAGAGAGAUCGCUACCCAAAGACUUUUGGAAAUAUUGGAAGGUUUUGAUAAAACCAACUUAGAAAACUUGGAGAAACUCGGCGUGGAAUCCAGUUACACAAAGGAUUUGGGAUUGGAUUCGUUAGAUGUUGUUGAAGUCAUCAUGGCUAUCGAAGAGGAGUUUUCGAUCCAAGUCCCUGACAAUUUGGCCGAUGAGUUCAUCACUGUUAAGCAGACCAUCGACUUUAUCAUGGACCAACCCGAUGCAUUCUGAUUGCAGCACAUCUAGCAAUAGAUACACCCAUUAAUAAACAGUAAAUAGCACGCAGCAAAAGCAGCGAAAGCAGCGAAAGCAGCAUCUUCUGUGCUUUCAUAACAGACCCCGUUGAUAGACCCCCUGAUAUAGACCCCUCAAACCACUCGCACGGCCGGAGCCAUUCGCGGUGUUUCGGCAGGUCGGAUUUCACCGAGCCCAAAAGAGUUCCCCAGAGGUGUUACAUGCUCUAUAUAAUAAGUGAGAAAUGGUUCACAUACAAAAGCUCUGUAUUCUGGUGAAUUCGAGCCCACC